GCGCCCCCGCCUCCUCCCCGCGACACACAGUGUAUAAGCGACACUGGAACCUUCGGCUGCAACCACCGGACAUCAACCGCCAUUCUUUCUUCCCUAAUCGUCGCUUCACUUCUUCCUGACAUAGCAGCUUACGACCAUGAAGGGAAUGAUCCUCCAGCUCAGCCGCAACCUGAGCCGCGCCGCCCCAGUUCUUAGUCGCAGCGUCCACUCUGGCACGCGCCCCGCCUCCACCGCCGCAACCAAGCUGAGGUCUGACCGCCCGCUCACCUCGGAGGAAAUCUACGCCCGCGAGGACAAGUAUGGAGCGCACAACUACCACCCCCUGCCCGUGGCGUUAGAGAGGGGGGAAGGCAUCUACUUGUGGGAUGUGGAAGGCAGCCGGUAUUAUGACUUCCUGAGUGCUUACAGUGCAGUAAACCAGGGCCACUGCCACCCAAAGAUCGUAGCCGCGCUCACCGCCCAAGCCUCCAGACUCGCCCUGACCUCCAGAGCUUUCUACAACGAUGUGCUGGGAGCCUAUGAGGAGUACAUCACUGGCUUGUUUGGCUAUGACAAAGUCCUACCCAUGAACACAGGUGUUGAAGGUGGGGAGACGGCCUGCAAGCUCGCCCGCAAGUGGGCUUACAACGUAAAGGGGGUUCCAAAAGAUCAGGCCAAAAUCAUUUUUGCAGAUGGAAACUUCUGGGGCCGCACCAUGGCAGCCAUCUCCAGCUCUACUGACCCCAGUAGUUACGAAGGUUUCGGCCCCUUCAUGCCCGGCUUUGAGCUUGUCCCAUACAACGACAUCCCUUCACUGGAGAAAGCUCUUCAAGACCCCAAUGUCGCUGCCUUCAUGGUGGAGCCCAUCCAGGGGGAGGCUGGGGUGGUGGUGCCGGACCAGGGCUACCUCACCAAAGUCCGAGAACUUUGCACCAAAUACAACGUGUUGUGGAUUGCUGACGAGGUGCAGACAGGCUUGGCAAGGACCGGCAGACGCCUGGCUGUGGACCACGAGGAAGUCCGUCCAGACAUCGUGGUUCUGGGCAAAGCUCUCUCUGGAGGAGUUUACCCUGUGUCGGCUGUGCUGUGUGACGAUGAGGUGAUGCUGACCAUCAAGCCUGGAGAGCACGGGUCCACAUACGGCGGUAACCCCGUGGCCUGUCAGGUCGCAAUCGCUGCACUUAAGGUGCUUGAGGAGGAGAAGCUGGCAGAGAACGCUCAAAAGAUGGGAGAGCUUCUGCGGAGCGAGCUGAGCAAACUGCCCAAAGACAUUGUGACAACAGUCAGAGGAAAAGGCCUCCUCAACGCCGUCGUCAUCAGAGAGACUAAAGACUACAACGCCUGGAAGGUGUGCCUGCGCCUUCGUGACAACGGACUGCUGGCCAAGCCCACCCACGGUGACAUCAUCCGCCUGGCCCCUCCCCUCAUCAUCAAAGAGCACGAGCUGCACGAAUGUAUCGACAUCCUCCAGAGAACCAUCUUGUCCUUCUAAACUACAACCAACCAUUCAACGAUACACAGACGACCUUCCACCUGAUAAUCCUAAUCGACAGGUUUCGCUAAACAUUUUAGUUUUGUUUUUUUUAAUUUCUUUUUCAAAGACGGGAGUUCUUUGAGGCGUAUUACUGUAGAAAUACAGUAUAGAGACUGUGUGGGGUGUGCUUAUAUGAGGCUAUAUGGACACUUUUUGUACAGAAAAAAAACUGCUGUAAAGAAAAGAUUCUGAUAGACUGCAGCACAAUCGGACAACUAUUUUAAAAUGUUCAAUAUUUAAUUCUGAGGCUGACCCGAAUGCUUCGAAGCUUUAACCACGGCAAUCAGCGUUCAAAUCAGUACUUUAAUGCGUGUUUUACGAGUUGUCCACACAGCAGAGGAGGUCAAUAGACCGUUUCAACAGCCAUGUCUUUUAUUUUACAUGUUGACAUAGGUCAGUUUAUAUAUUCAUUUAAACAUGAGCAAGUCCAUUUUUCAUGGACUACCUCUGUAAUUUCUUUGAUAUGAUUUUUGCACAUUUAGUAGCCAUUUUAAUAAAUGGGUAUCCUUGAAGUCCUCAUCCCUCAUUGGAGAAUAAUAAGUAAAUAAUGACCGCCCUAGAUACAAUUUUUCGCUGGUAUCGAUGGUUGUAAAUGGUCAAUGUGCUAGUCUUCAAUAAAACCUAUUUUAAUUUUUAAAAAGGAUAUGUGAUGCUACCGGGGACGUAAUGCAGUCUAAAGUUUAAAAGACUUUAUUUCAAUUUUUUCCUCAGAGGCCUACAGUAAGUCUGACAGACUUUGCAAGUUGAGAGUACACUGAAAUAAAUGAUGGUCACUAUUAUAAACAUAUUUGAUUAGUAUAGUAAACACAUACUGAACUACUGCUGACAUUAACCUGGGAUGGUCUGGGUAUUAAGAGCUCAAGAGCUGGGUUUUGAAUAAUUAUUUGUGAAUUUUAGUUUGCUGAAACCUUUUUAAAGUACUUUUCAUUUCAAGUACAAAUAUAUGACCUGUAUCUGUAGUAUGUUGUCUUUGUCAUUGAAUGUUUUCUCUGUUACAAAACUAAGUUAAUAGUGUCUUUCAAAGGCAAUAUCACCUUUUUAGUUGUUGCAUAAUCCAUUGAUCUUCAAAUAAAUUAUUGCAGUCUUA